UGGGCCCUGGAUCGAAGGACAGCAGUCCAACCCAAUUUUUCAUACUAUGCUUACCUAUAGUCCGCUCCGCUGCAUUUAAAAAACUUACAAUUAGUUCCAGGAGCCAGCUUCAGAGAUGGCUCUCGGAGACAGUUCAGCAAAGCUUACUAAUCUUUUUAGGAUAUAAGCCAGGGGAGGUUCCAAUAACUUUCUUUGACAGCCUUUUUUUAGAAACAAAAUUUUUUUUUGAUUUUUAGCUGGCCGUUUCAACCAUGUUUCCGUUUGUCAUUCAGAUUAUAUUUGGAAAUGUAUUUAUACUCAAUAUUCAACAUCGUAAAAAAUCUUUUCAACUUGAACAUUUUGAAAAAGAUGCAUAUAUUCGAUUGAGAGCAGAUUAUGAAUUAAAAUUGACGCCUUUAGUUAGAAAAUGUUUUCCUUUUGAUUUACCUGCAAUAAUUCUUGGUGGAAAUAUUAAUGAAGAGGAAAUUCCGGUUGAUGAAAUUGUUUCAAAUUUUAUGCCAACUCGUGAAAUUAAACAGCCACUCACUCCUCGUAAUGCAUUAAAACAACAACAACAAAAUACCCCAACAAAAAGUGUAGAUGAAGAAAUGGUCGAUCCUUCCUCUGAUGAAGAGGAAAAAAAAGUUGACAAAAAAGAAUUAAAUGAAAAAAUAAUUGAAUUAAAUAAAAAUUUGGUGGGGAAGAAAUAUGGGGGGAAUAAUAAGGGGAAUAGCAGAAUUAAUUCAAGUAAUAGUGGUGAAAGACUUGGAACAACUACAACAAAUAAAAUGUAUGGAAAUAAAAAUGCUAUGACUAGUGGACAAGUACAGAGAUACAAUCAAGGAUAUUUCACUCCAAAACGGAAUUAUAAUGCAGGAUUUGCACGUAUUUUCUUUAAAGGGGGUCAUAAACGCCGUUUCCGUUACUAUAGGAAGGAUGACGAUUUUAAUUUUCUUUAG